GGUUCUUGUAACCUAGAAGUCUUAAACUAUGUCCAAGAUGCAUGCAAGAGUGCAUAAAUGCAUCAACGGAGUCCAAUUUAAUUUAACAGAACUAAUCACAACUUUAUUACCAUGUUAUGCUAAAGUUUCAUAUUUAUUGUGACUCACAUAUUCCUUUGAUUUUUCCCUCUCGUAACAUUGGUGUUUUAGUCCAUUCCAUGUGUCUAUCAAAAAGUAGACAGGGCCCUCGAGUUAUACCUGCUCCAACUGAAGACCUUUUUUCUCCUCGAUCUUAACGAGUCCAUUAAAAUGCAUGGAGCCGUCCAAUAAAGCUUUUUGAAAAGAAACAGUAGAAAAGAUGAGUUUUUCCUUUUAAGAAGCAGAAUGAAGGUUCAAGAUUCACAUGGAGGAGACGAAGUCCCUUUUCACCCUCUUCUUUCUCGCCACUUUCUCAUGGAAGAAACAAAGUUCUCCUUCACCCUCUUCUUUCUUGCCACUUGUUUCUCUCUGAUAUCCUUGUUUCCAACAGUUUUGAAAGCAAAGGAUUCCAUAACUUCAGCGCAAUCCAUCACUGAUAGCCAGACACUAGUUUCUCCUGAUGAAAAAUUUGAACUUGGAUUCUUCAGUCCUGGCAAUUCCAGUUUGAAAUAUCUGGGAAUAUGGUACAAGUAUAUCCCAAAGCCUACUGUUAUUUGGGUUGCAAACAGGGACAGUCCACUUGUGAAUUCUAGUGGCACUUUAACAUUCAGCAAUGAUGGUAAGCUUGUCAUUCUCAGUCAUACAGGAAGUAUCAUAUGGUCUGCAAACUCAUCCAGAUCGCCAAGGAAACCAUUAGCUCAGCUUCUAGAUUCUGGAAAUUUAGUCUUGAGAGACCUUGAGGAUGAAAGCUCUGUGAGUUACAGAUGGCAGAGUUUUGAUUAUCCAUCUGAUACAUUCAUUCCAGGAAUGAGACUUGGUUGGAACUUCAAAACCGGCUUCAGCAGACACUUAACCUCUUGGAAAAGCCAUGAUGAUCCUUCUUCUGGAGAGUAUAGUUAUAGUGUGGACCCACGCGGCCUUCCUCAGCUUUUUCUUCUUAAAGGAAAGAAGAAGGUCUUUAGAAGUGGACCAUGGUUUGCACAACAACUCAAAGGUGACCCAGCUCUUAUGGACAACCCAGUUUUCAAACCUGUUUUUGUUUUUAAUUCUGAUGAAGUGAUUUUCACGUAUGAAACUAAGGACAGUGUCACUUCAAGAUUUGUACUUACUCAAUCUGGUUUGAUUCAGCACUUCUCAUGGAGUGAUCCUCGUUCCAGUUGGAUCCCAGAAUUUUCAGUUCAAGGAGAUCGUUGUGAUGAUUAUGGCAUUUGCGGUGCCUAUGGAAGUUGCACCAUAAGAGAAUCGCCAAUUUGCAAGUGUAUGGAUGGAUUUGAGCCUAGGUUACCUCAAGACUGGCAAAAAAAUGAAUGGUCAGAUGGAUGUGUUAUGAAGAAUUCUCAUACUUGCAGAAAUGGAGAGGGAUUUAAGAAGCUUACAGGAGUAAAACUGCCAGAUUCUGCUGUGUUUCACACAAACUCAAGCUUGAGUUUUGAGGAGUGUGAGACAGAGUGCUUGAAGAACUGUUCUUGUGUUGCUUAUGCUACACUAGAUAUCAAUACAACCGGCAAAGGAUGCAUUUCUUGGUUUGGGGUUUUAUUUGAUAUCAGAGAGGUUGCAUAUUAUGGACAAGAUCUCUACAUCAGAGUUCCAGCUUCAGAACUAGGUAAGAAAUUUGAUGAUAUAGUCCUGAGUAGGGUUACAGAUUCUCUAGUUCUGCAAUUUUCUUGGGCCAGGCUUUUCGGCGUUAGAUGUUCGUGUUCUAAUGUAUGUAUAUUGCUGUCAGGUUCAAAUGCUGCUGUCCCGAAAAGAAAUAAACAUAUAAUAAUUAUUGUAGCUGUAUCAGUAAGCUCAGCAAUUGUUGUCUUGGUAUCAUGGUUCAUAAUUAAGAGAUGGAGAAUUCGAGAGACAGAUAUUCAACUGAUACUUAACAGACCUAGAAGUGAACUCCCAUCAUUCAAGAUUGACAUUAUUGAAGCAGCAACAAAGAAGUUCUCAGCCUGCAAUAAGAUUGGAGAAGGUGGAUUUGGUCCCGUAUACAGAGGUAAACUUGCAUCAGGGCAAGAAAUAGCUGUGAAAAGACUCUCUGAAAGUUCAGGACAAGGCUUGCAAGAGUUCAAGAAUGAGGUUGCUAUGAUAUCCCUACUUCAGCAUCGAAAUCUUGUCAAACUUCUAGGUUGCUGUAUUCAUAAAGAUGAAAGAAUGUUGAUCUAUGAGUACAUGCCAAAUCGAAGCUUAGACUCUUUACUAUUUGAUGAAACAAAGCGUUCAACACUCACUUGGCAAAAGAGACUGGAUAUUAUUGUUGGAGUUGCGAGAGGAAUCCUUUAUCUUCAUAGGGAUUCAAGACUCAAAAUAAUUCAUAGAGAUUUGAAAGCCAGCAAUGUUCUUUUAGAUAGUGAAAUGAAUCCCAAAAUUUCUGACUUUGGAAUGGCAAGAAUAUUUGGUGGAGACCAAACUGAAGCAAAGACUAAUAGAGUAGUUGGAACCUAUGGAUAUAUGCCACCUGAGUAUGCGAUAGAUGGACACUUCUCAUUCAAAUCAGACGUCUUCAGCUUUGGUGUUUUGCUGUUAGAGCUGUUGAGCGGCAAGAAAAAUAAAGGAUUUUUCCAUCCAGAUCACAAGCUGAAUCUCCUUGGCCAUGCAUGGAAGCUUUGGACUGAAGAGAAGGCAAUGGAGCUGAUGGAUCCAUUACUUGAGAAUCAGUUUCCGGCAUCAGAAGGUCUACGGUGUAUCCAAGUGGGACUUUGUUGCGUUCAACAGAAGCCGGAGGACCGACCAACAAUGUCACAAGUGAUUUUGAUGUUAGACAGUGAAAGUGUCUUUCUGCCACAACCUGGACGACCAGGAAUGUAUUCAGAGAGAUGUUUCUCUGAGACAGAUUCAUCAUCACUCGCAGGAAUCAAUUCUUGUUCCAAUAACACAAGCAUCACCUUACAGGAGGGGCGUUAGGCUUCUGUCUCUGAAAAUGGCUUGUGAGACAAAUAUGCAUUAGAAUUGGCUUGCUGAAAUAAAAUUAAGCUUAAGCUGAGAAUCAGGCAUUGUUGGAGGAAAAUGUUUUGUACAAUCAAUGAGUGUUUGAUCAAUCAAACCAGAAUCAGUUUUCAUUGAUAAUUCUCUACCUUGUCAGAAUGAUACAAGAGCUCUGUACCAAGAUCCAGAGAUUAGAAA